AUGGUCAAAAAAGCAUUGACGACUUUGAUGGCAAAAAUGUCUUCGUAUUGGAGCGUACUGAUCAGAGAUACCGAUCAUUCGGAUUUUGUCUUCUACGCCGAUCGCUUAAUUAGGCUUGUUAUUGAAGAAGGCCUGAAUCGUCUGCCCUAUACAAACGUUGUUGUGGAAACUCCAGCCGGCGUACCCUACGAGGGCAUUGCUUUUUGUCGUGGCAACUGUGGUGUAUCAAUCUGUCGUAGCGGUGAAGCGAUGGAACAAGCGCUGCGCCAGUGCUGCAGGUCAAUUCGCAUUGGUAAAAUGUUG